AUGAACUAAGAUCGCUUACUCAUAUCUAAGUCAAUAUCAUUCAUAUCAAAUUGGGCUCCGAUCGAACAUCAUCUUAUUGCAACAACACAAAACACCCCACUACAAAGGGAAUAAAUUCGAUUCUAUACCAUUGAUCCAUCAAACAAAAGGAUCUAGUCAAUAUCCUGAUCUUGUCAAAAGUUCUUACUUUCCUUUUUAUCCACAAAAGCAAUCGAAAGUACAGGAUACAGGAUAUUUUGCCGCAACUGGUGAAUUUCAUUUGGUCAUGGAGAAUGAAUCAACAGGAACCCGGGAGAGUCGUAAGGUAGGAGCCAAUGUUCACUUUUUUUUACUUUUGUGGAUAGAAAGAAUAUCUAGUUUUUUCUUUACUAACAUUUUUCAUUCUUUUAAAGCGUUCUCAUCUGGAGAUGUCCCAGUCGCAUUUAAGACUUUCAUCAUCACCUGUACUAUUUCGGGAAAGACCCUCGAACUUCGAUAACUCUCCUCCAAUACUUGCACCAUUGGCAAAUAUUCCUACUGCCUCCUCUUCUUCUCGAGAACGACGAUUCCGAACAGAGCGAGGACGAACACCAAUUUCUCAUAAUCCUUCGGAUCAAUCAAGUCGCCAUUCACGAUCAUUUAGGGUUUCGAGAGAAAUGGAAGCAAAUUCAACACCACCUCCUCGACCCCGGUCAAUAGUUAGCUCCGGAAUCAUCAUCGAUUUAACAUCAGACCAAGACGAUAAUCCUUCACCUCCAGCCCUGAAUCGUCGCGCAGCUCCUAUUCAUGCCCCUUCUCCGAGACCAUCACCGACUUUAGGGAGGAGUGAAGCAAGAUUAGAGCAGGUUGUGGAUCUUACAGCGGACGAUGAUGAUGAUGAUGAUGAGGAUGAUACUAUCAUUAUAACCCAUUCUCGAGAACGUUCUAUACCCCUUCCUCCCCGUAGCCGACUACCACAACCACCAUCAAUAACUCCUUCAUUUGGACAGGGGACAAGACUUCAUACGAUCCGCGGCAGUUUUCUUAUUGGAAAUCAGAUGGGACCAGCAAGACCGCCGCCAGAACGCCACCUCCCUAUUGGUGAGCGUGCCAUUGGUGGUAUGAGAGCUCUUUACGAAAAUGGCGCUGACAUCAUCAUGGACAUUCACAAUCUUAUGGGUCUUAAUCGUGAUGAACUUGUGGGACUUCCUUUCUUGGGUGGCUACCCAGCUAUGCCGAAUGGUAUGGAUUAUGGAAGAGUGGCGUUGCAAGAAAAUAAGCCUGAACAUGUUCCACCUCCGCCAGUGGGAUAUGGAUUUACAAGGUCACCUACAGAGAAUGAUACUGCGAUUUGCCCAAGCUGUGAAGAAGAAUUAAUUCAUAAAAAGGAUGGUGAUGAGCCUUUGGCAAAGAAGUCUCGCGGGGCACCUAGUAGAAAAGACAGAGAAGAACAUCCUUUCUGGGUUGUCAAGGAUUGUGGUCAUGUAAGCUUUACUUACUUCAUCUCAAUCAAACAUCACUAAUAUAAACUAGGUGUUCUGCAAUAAAUGCUAUCAACAUCGCUCGAAUGAAAAAAUAUCCUCCUUUCGUGGAAGCAAGAACAUGCUCUGUUCAGUUGAGGACUGUGAAUCGGUCGUCAAAAAUAAGGAUAAAUGGGUGGGCAUAUUCCUAUAACAUCAAGAUCUCGGCCCUUACGAUGCCAAGAUGGUUAAGCAAUUUCAAUUUUUUUAUUUUUUUUUGUCAAUAUCGACAGGAUAACAUUUCAUGAAUUAUCAUAUUAGGGACAUCACUGUCAUGGAGUUUCAACAUUGGCAUCAAUUACAGGAGUAUCGACUGGUUGGGGCGAUUUCACUUGAUUUCCAUAAGGCGGGCUUGGACUUGGCUUAUAUCAUUAUGUGCUCUAUACUGGGGCGUUAAUGAUGGGUGAGAAUGGAGGAAUAGAUCAAGUUCAUGGGCCGGGAACAUGUGUCAAUAAGUAUGGAGAACAAUGGAAAGGAAUUCUCUGGGUAAGGUCUGGAAUCAAUAGAGAACAAGAGCAAGUGAAUGGAGAAAAUUCUCUGACAUUCCAAGGGCGAUAUAUUCAUAUGUAUCACAUUAUUUCCAUUCUGGACAUAAUGGGCAGAGGUGUAUGUAUAUUAGAGAAGUAUAAUAACAAAAUGAAGUAAUUGCAGCAAUAGCUUUAUG